AAACUCUAAUCAUAUCCCCACCCACGAAAUCCCAAUACAAAUACCGCCGGACAAAUAGAUAGCGAGAAAGAAGAAGAAAACCAGGCCAACGCCAAAAGCUACCACCGAGACCACUGCUGCUGCACAGCCCAGCAGGAGAGAGGAGAGAGAGGCAGAGGCGGCGGCUCGGUCGGUGGCUUCGCUCAUGCAGGGCGAGUACCGCUCUUCCAGCGAGGAGUCGGCGGCGGCCGCGGCUGCUGCUGCGGCAGCUAUGGCUCCCUUGGCGGCUGCAGCGGCGGCGGCGGCGGCGGCGGUCAAGAUGGAGGAGCAGGCGAUGACGCCGGCGACGCAGCUUCCGGCGCAGCAGCAACAGCAGCUGCAGCCGCGGCGGCAGUACCGCGGCGUGCGCAUGCGUAAGUGGGGCAAGUGGGUGGCGGAGAUCCGGGAGCCGCACAAGCGCACGCGCAUCUGGCUGGGCUCGUACGCGACGCCCGUGGCAGCCGCGCGCGCCUACGACACGGCCGUGUUCUACCUGCGCGGGCGGUCGGCGCGGCUCAACUUCCCCGAUGAGAUCCCCGCGCUGGCGCUGUCCGAGGGCGAACCCCGCGACUCCGACGGCGGCACGCUGUCCGCGGCCUCGAUCCGGAAGAAGGCCAUCGAGGUUGGCUCUCGCGUGGACGCGCUCCAGACCGGCGUGAUGGUCACGCCCGCGCACCACCGCGAGCGCAAGCACCACCACUCGCAGCUGCAGCUGCACGCCGAAGAGCAUCACCAGCAGCAGAAGCAGCAGCGGGCGGCGUGGAGCGGGCGCACCAAGAACCCGGAUCUAAACCGGGCACCCAGCCCGGAGAGCUCUGACGCCGAGUGAAGCAAGCCCAGCCACCGCAAGACUCAACCUUCACUCCCACGACGCCAAGAACAUGGCGUCUCCGUCUCCGCAUAUGAUCCAGCACAACCACCGGAUCCACCCACCUACCUAUUCGUCCAUCCCCGGAGCCUGCGGUGCCGGAGGCGGUGGCGCGGCGAGAUUUUUCGAUACGUUUUGGAUAAGCACGAGCUGGACGGCGUAGGGAGGUGGAGACGGAGGCGGCGGCUUCAUGUGGCGGUCUUUCCAAAUGUCAAAAAGAACAGCUGUAACGGUGAUUAGAAAAACAAGUCAUCUCUCUCCUCUGAUUGUGUUCGAGUAGAUAAGCAGCGAUUAGUACUCCACUAGUUUGAUUAAUCAAAUCAAAACCAGCCUCCUCCCCUGCUUUGUUUA